GACCGGCAUGGACCGAAACUCCGCUUGCUUUACAUUUGCGCGCUUGUUUCCUGAUUUUCGACAACAAAUUUGCGGGCCAUCUCUUUUCUAUCUGUCCAUCAUGUCCUCUAACGUGCCCAUUGCUCAUGGUGAUAUUACAGCACCGACUCCACAGAACACGCCCUUGACGCACGCUCCAAUCGCUGCUGGUCUUUCGCGUCCAACAGUCCCCGACAUCUCGGAAGAUAAUGAACCAGCCGAAGAUGAAAGUGAAGAUCCUGCUCAGAUAGCUGGUGCUCAGGCCGCGAUGUUGGGUCUUGUUCAAGGUCGUCUUGCAGAUCUUGUCGGAAAGAGCUCUGGGUAUAUUGAGAGUCUGCCCAUCGACGUGAAGAAGAGUGUAGAAGCCUUGAAAGGGGUUCAGGUCAAGCAAAAUGAGCUGCAGAAUCAGUACAAGCGCGAAUGCCUGGAACUUGAGAAGAAGUACCUCGAGCUUCAACAACCUCUAUAUGAGCGGAGAAACGCGAUUAUCUCGGGUGCUGCUCAAGCUACUGCCGAGGAGAUCGAAGCUGGCAGUCAAGCUUCUUUGAAGGAUGAUCCAUUAUACACGCCACUUCCCAGUGAUGAAGGCGCACCAGCAGCUAUCCCAGAGUUUUGGCUUACCGCACUUCGCAAUCAUGUUGGACUCUCGGAGAUCAUCACAGAACGAGACGCUAGUGCACUCAAGAACCUCACUGACAUUCGGUUAUCGUACCUUCCAAGUGACUCACCAAAACCCGGAUUCAAGAUCAGCUUUAUCUUCAGCCCAAAUGAUUACUUCGAGAAUGACGUUCUUGAUAAGACUUACCUCUAUCAGGAAGAGGUAGGCUAUACUGGUGACUUCGUGUACGAUCACGCGAUCGGCACGGAGAUUAAGUGGAAAGAGGAAAAAGACUUGACGAAGGAGUUUGAGAUCAAAAAACAACGGAACAAGAACACAAAUCGCACGCGACUGGUUCGCAAAGCACGCCCAACCGACUCGUUUUUCAACUUUUUCUUGCCACCUGUGCCACCUGAAAACGAGGGUGAGGAUAUGGAUGACGAGGACCUCGUUGAACUGGAGGAGAAACUGGAGAUGGACUACCAGAUUGGCGAGGACCUCAAGGAGAAGAUCAUCCCACGUGCCAUUGACUAUUUCACUGGCAAAGCCCUUGAAUACGACGUUAUGGAUGAAGACGAAGACGACUUUGACGAGCUGGAUGAUGAAGACGAGGACGGCCAGUUCGAUGACGAGGACUCUGAUUCUGAGGUUGAGUUGCCAAGACGUCGCGGUCCUCCCAAAGGCCGUGGCGGCUCGAGUGCUGGUGCUGUCAACCCCGAAGAGUGCAAGCAGCAGUAGGCGAACAUCCAUCCCAUCUCUACGAUUUGACACCACCCUCUAAAAUUUUCUGUCGUUGCAUUGUUGACAUGAAUUAAUACAAUCUCCUCCUGCCUGUUCUUACAUGUAAACACACCUUGCUGUGCAACUCUCAUUUUUUUCUGACGCAGAACUAGUUUUCAGUCGUUGCUCGAAUCUUUUCUACUAGCCCUAAUUAAUCAGGGUGUUGUAUAUAAAGGUCUUACGUGUUUGCUUCAGUUUGCACCUAGCAUAAUGGAACGUGACGAAUGGAUGUCCUAGGGGCUUCCUCUUUGUUUGCGAUGUACUACUUAGGACCGCUGUAUAUUUUUUUUUCAUAAAAUACA